GGGUCCGAGGCCCCGCCCAAGAUGCGGAAUCAGAAGCUCAGAGAGGUGAAAUGACCUCACUGAGGCCGCACAGCUCCUAAUUUGGGCUGUGACUGAAUUGGAAAGCUGGAGUGUCUGGGUCCAAAUCCGUGCCAAGUUCCGGGAAACAGCAGGAGGGGAAAGUUAACAGGCCACUGGAGCGACGGGCUAUUUGGAAGUGAAACACGGCAGAAGGGGAAGCAGAGAGUGAGGGCCAGGCUCCGCCGGGUCUGAUGGCCGGCAGACAGCUGUAUCUGUACCCAGUGCUGAAUUUCUUCUGUGUGGGGCUGCUGAUGGUGGAGACGGUGUCUGGGACCAGGGGCCCAUUUAUAGGGGCCCACAUCGGCUCCCAGUUUUCAGCCUCAGGUGUGAACCAGACCCCCAUGGAAGACUGUCGUGAUGUGUGUGGCCUGAAUGUCUCUGACCGCUGUCCCUUCAUCCGGACCACCCCUGACUGCCACAGCGAAGGGGGUUACCUGAACUACCUCGAAGGCGUCUUCUGCUACUUCCCACCUGACCUCCUCCCUCUGGCUGUCACCCUCUAUGCUUUCUGGCUGCUUUACCUGUUUCUGAUUCUGGGAGUCACCGCAGCAAAGUUUUUCUGCCCUAACUUGUCAGCCAUCUCCACCUUGCUCAAGCUGUCCCACAAUGUGGCUGGCGUCACCUUCCUGGCAUUCGGGAACGGCGCGCCCGAUAUCUUCAGCGCCUUGGUGGCUUUCUCGGAUCCGCGCACGGCCGGCCUGGCCUUUGGGGCGCUGUUUGGCGCGGGCGUGCUGGUCACCACCGUGGUGGCCGGUGGCAUCGCCAUCCUGCGCCCCUUUACAGCCGCCUCCAGGCCCUUCCUCAGAGACAUCAUUUUCUACAUGGUGGCUGUGUUCCUGACCUUCACCGCACUCUACCUCGGCAGGGUCACUCUGGCAUGGGCCCUGGGUUACCUGGGCUUGUAUGUGUUCUAUGUGAUCACUGUGGUUCUCUGCACCUGGAUCUACCGAUGGCAGCGGAGUAGGUCCCUGGUCUACUCCAUGCCUGGCACUCCAGAAAUGCUCUCAGAUUCUGAGGAGGAGCCCGUGUCUUCCAACAGCUAUGACUACAGUGAAGAGUACCGACCACUGCUCUUCUAUCAGGAGACCACGGCUCAGAUCCUGGCCCAUGCCCUUAACCCCCUGGAUUACAGGAAGUGGAGGAUCAAGUCAGUGUCUUGGAGGGCCCUCAAGGUGUUCAAGCUGCCCGUGGAGUUCCUGCUGCUUCUCACCGUCCCUGUUGUGGACCCCGACAAAGAGGACGGGAACUGGAAACGGCCCCUCAACUGCCUGCACCUGGUCACCAGCCCGCUGGUCUUGGUCCUGACCCUACAGUCGGGGGCCUAUGGCGUCUAUGAGAUAGGUGGCCUCCUUCCUGUCUGGGCCAUCGUGGUGAUUGUGGGCACGGCCGUGGCUGCGGUGACCUUUUUUGCCACAUCCAACAGCGAGCCCCCCAGGCUUCACUGGCUCUUUGCUUUUCUGGGUUUCCUGACCAGCGCCCUGUGGAUCAACGCAGCGGCCACAGAGGUGGUGAACAUCCUGCGGACCCUGGGAGUGGUCUUCCGGCUGAGCAACACUGUCCUGGGGCUCACGCUGCUGGCCUGGGGGAACAGCAUUGGAGAUGCCUUCUCAGAUUUCACGCUGGCCCGCCAGGGUUACCCGCGGAUGGCAUUCUCAGCCUGUUUCGGAGGCAUCAUCUUGAAUCUGCUGGUGGGAGUGGGGCUGGGCUGUCUGCUCCAGAUCUCCAGGAACCCCACAGCAGAGGUGAAGCUGGAGCCAGAUGGACUGUUGGUGUGGGUCCUAGCGGGCGCCCUGGGCCUCAGCCUCGUCUGCUCCCUGGUCUCGGUCCCGCUGCAGUGCUUCCAGCUGAACAGAGUCUACGGCUUCUGCCUGCUCCUCUUCUAUGGGAGCUUCCUCGUGGUGGCCCUGCUGACGGAAUUUGGGGUGAUUCGCUUGAAAAGUGUUUGAGUGCCGCCUUGCACCUGGGGCCGCCUGGUGGCCAGGAGGUGUCACUGCAGGCGGC